AUGACCCAUUCCUGGCCUCCUCCUCUCACAGCCAUACACACUCCUGGGAAAGCUGAUCAGACCAAGUUCCCCAUCCCCAACAAGGAGUCACAGCAUGUGACCUCAGGCUACAACACCCAGAAGCGAUGUACUGUAUCAGCUAACAAGCCUGCUGCUAAACCACCAACUGCACCACAGAAGUCAAUGUUGGAGGAUGACCUGAAGAUCAGCAGCGAUGAGGAAGAGGCCGAACAAAAGGUGUCUGACAAGCCCAAAGCCAGAGGCACAGCUCUGAGUGGAGCGUCAGGGAGCAGCAGUGAAUCAGAGAGCAGCUCAGAGUCGGAUACAGACGAAUCGGAGAGCAGCUCCAGUGACAGCGAGUAUAACCAGGCGUCCCGCACAAACACUCCAGAGCCUGAACCCCCCUCCACCAACAAGUGGCAGCUGGACAGUUGGUUGAAUAAGGUCCAAGCUCAAACCAAACCCCUGGUUCCCCCACAGCAAGAACAUCAUGGCACAGGCUCCAUCACCCAGGGUCCUGAGCCUUUCUCCCCAGGGAGUGAAGCACCAGGAGUGGGUACAGCUGCCAAGACCAAAGCCUGCGGAUCCAACAGCACCCCUGCUCCAGCUGCACCAACGGUGGAACAUAAGGAUACAAGGGGAGCCUCAUGCCCGGGCAGAGAGAAGGCCAAGGCAAAGCUCAGCCAGAAGGCCUCGGGGGAGGGCCAGAGGUCAAAGAUGAGGCUAUCACCGGGCCUGUUGUCUGGGCCAGAGGUCACGACCCCGAGGAGGAACACCACUGGGAAAAAACAGCCAAGGCGGACAGAGAGAUCAAACAGCAUGGAGGAUAAUCAGAACCAGACAUGGAGCAGAGCAAACCAGCAUAGCCCUGCAGUUAGGGAGAAGGACAUGUUGCCUCCCCCCUCCCUGGAGCAUCAGAACCCCCCGAGGCCACGAAGCAAACCCCCUAGUGGGAAAACAGCCCCCAGGAAAGAGCCUCGCAGUGCAACCAACUCAAACAACAACACAGUUACUCCGCCAGCACCUCUACAGCAAACCCCUGUGCCAAUACCUGCUGUCAGUGUAAACCAGGACAAGAGGAAACACAGAGGUCCAAACACCAGAAUCACACCCAAGUCCCGAGAAUUCAUCGAAACAGAUUCCUCCUCCUCCUCCUCCGAAUGCCAGUCAGAUUCAGAGGAAGCCAUCAAAAUCCCCACUCUGCCACCUCAGACGACACGCUCUGCGAUUAACACACAGACUCUGUCCAACACACACAUACACACGCCUCUUCUCCCAUGCCUCGCCUCCGUUGGCAGCAUGGGCAGCCUGGGAACGUUUGGAGGUAAAGGACUGCGAGUCAAAGAUGGUAGCAAUGUGACCACUAAUGGUAGCAGCAGUAGUAACGGUAGCAUCAGCAGUGGUAGUAAUGGCAGCAGUAGUAGCUGUAACUCCUUAAGCAUUAGCAACAUAAGUGGUUCUUUUGGCACUUCUGUUCCUGAUCCUGGAGGGUUAGGAGGACAGUGCAAAGACCUGGAGUCCAUGUCGCCGCCUUCCAACAUGGGACACGAGGCACCUUUGUCCCCCUUGAGGCCAUACCAAGAGAUCCAGAGUUUAUGGGUGAAAAUUGACCUGAGUUUGCUCAGCAGGGUGCCCGGCCAGGGUUUGGGGGAAAGGUCCAGAGUGGGAGUCGCAGAUAGGGACGGGAGUGAAGGGAGAGACAGAGAGAGACAGGGGGAGAGGGAGAGGAUAGGGGUGCUGGAGAGAGAAAGACAGAAGCAGGAAGAGAGAGAGUGGCCAGGGCUGAGGGAGAGGCCGAAGUUACCCAAAGGGGAGAAACAGGAGGAGGAAAAUGAGCGAUUGGUGCAGGACAGAGAGAGACAAGGUGACAGAUUAACAGAGAGGCAGACGGACAGAGAGGACAGAGACAGAUUCGGGCUUGGGGAGAGGGAAAGGACGACAGGGAGGGACAGGGAAAAGGUUUGCCAAGGUCUGGGGGUCCUGGAUAACCCCCCUGUGCAAGAGCAGAGUAAUCCCAGGCUGGCCGGGAGGACAGAGAGAGGAGAGAAUGGAGGUAAACACAGGAGGCAGACAGCUGGGAACAUAGUGGUCCCCACAGAGAAACACACCAGCAAGAGCAAGAGGAAACAUAAGUCGGACCACAGUGAGUCAUCAGUCAAUGGCAAUAAGAAGCUGCGAUUGGACAAAGACUGUCAGCUCCUCCCACCCUGCAUCUCUCCGAUACACAACCACAAGAACAGCUCUACUGAUAUCUCUCUAAACAGGAAGCAGUCUCGACGGCGCGAUGACAAGCUGCUUCCACCCCUCCUGUCCCCCCUCUCUGACGAUCCCCCUCGUAAACGGACCUGUGACAGCAGUUCCUCUCUGAGCCAGGAGGGCGGCGCCACUGGGAUGCUGCCCUGCUCCACCUCUUCCUCUUCCACUUCCUCCUCCUCACACAGACACAGGAGAGGCGAAAGCAAGGCGUCCUCACAUGCAAGAAAUGGCAGCGAAAUUGAUCCCCACGGCGAGAAGCCCAGCGGAGACGGUUACCAUGCCAACGGACAGUCAGACUCUGAGGUGUGGUCGGAACCGGUGAUGGAGCCCGCCGAACCUCGCAGGCCGAGACUGUCAUUUAGUGACACAGUCCACAGUGCAGACUACUACAUGCAGGAGGCCAAGAGACUGAAGCACAAGGCUGAUGCUUUGAUGGACAAAUUUGGUAAAGCGGUGAACUACGCGGAUGGCGCCCUCUCCUUCAUAGAGUGCGGAAAUGCCAUGGAGCGAGAUCCACUAGAGGCCAAAUCACCAUACACCAUGUACUCUGAGACUGUGGAGCUAAUCAGGUAUGCCAUGAGGUUGAAGAACUUCUCCAGCCAUUCAGCCACCAUCGCCGAGAAGAAACUAGCUGUGUUAUGUAACCGCUGUCUGUCUCUGCUGUAUCUGAGGAUGUUCCAUCUGAAGAAAGACCACGCUGUCAAGUACUCGCGGUCGCUCAUGGAGUACUUCAAGAAUUCAGCCAAGACUUCCCACCAAGCACCUUCUCCCUGGAGGACCAACGGGAAGGUCAAUGGGACUCCAUCUCCCCUCUCACUCAGCCCCUCCCCAGCCAGCAACGGAGGAGGAGCAGGAGGAGGAUCUGGAGGUGCCCCCGGCUCGUCGGGAAGUGUGGCUAUUCCCCAACGGAUUCACCACAUGGCUGCCAGUCACGUUAACAUCACUAACAACAUCCUGCGGAGCUAUGAACACUGGGAGACGGCUGACAGACUGGCCACUGAUAGCCAAGAAUUCUUCCAGGAGCUGGACUCAGUGAUGGAGCCGUUGAGUCAGCAGAGCAGCAUGACUGAGCUGGUCCGAUACAUCAGACAGGGACUGCACUGGCUCCGCAUAGAGGCUCACCUGCUGUAAGGACUGGACCAGAGCCAAACUUUACAACAAAAAAAAAAAGAAAAAAGAAAUGGGCCUGGGAGCUAGAACUGGGAUAACAAGUGAGAUGAGACUCAGGACGAUGCUUCAGUUCCCACUGGGAUCCUUCAAAUGACCUGACACCACUCACAGUAAUGUAUCAGCAUACACUGGGCGGAUUAAUUGGGCUAAAAAAAUCAUUCACAAUUAGGCCUGAACAGUAACUAAGUUUGGGGGAUUUCUAACUGUGAACCACACAAUACAAAUUAGCAUAUUAGAAUUUGGCUGAUGCUGCUUUUUAGAGCAACUGUACAUCAGUGAAGGUAGCCUUAAUUCCUGAAGGGACAAUAUAUGUUACAAACCUCCCUGUGUCCCUGAAUAGAAAUAAGAACUGCAGAGGAAAGGUAUUUUUACUAAGACAGGAUCAUUUUCAAAAAGAUAUGUGAGAGGCUGAUGUGAUUAAGGAGGCUGAAGGUAGGAAAGGAGCUCAACACAGGCUCAUCUGCUCCAGCAGUGGCCGGGAAAUGUGUCUGUGAUUGGGACUAGAAUUAAAGCCUCGGGCUGAUAUUGAUCCAAAGUGGAGUACCGGUCCAAUCCAUUAGAUAAGGACCACGCUGGUAAAGGAAAGAGGCUCAGCUAAAAGCACUAGAGCUUUGGCUGAAGUUAUCUUCUAUUUCAGUCGGGAGCUGCUGGCUGUGUUGUGUAUUCUUUAAGUAAUUUAACAACAUACAGUAAUUAGUCACAAAAAGGCUUCUUGAGAAUGACUGCUUAAAAGUCUUUGUGGUUUUUCAUUUCAUUUAAAGUUGUACUCCUGAAGAAUUUCAUCCAACAUCAAACUCAAUUUUUCAUAGUAUUUAUGACUGGCAUCAAUUCUGUUGUAGCCAUUAAAUGUAGGUACUCUUGUUAGCUGCCUUUCAUAUAAUAGUUUGCGACAUCAGUGUCAGACUCCACCAUUCUUGUGCUGGAUUAAAAUGGCGUAAAAACUCCCAGGAAACAAUGCACAGAAAAAAGUUUCUCUAGGACUUUAUUAUUAUUAUUUAUUUGUUCACCACCAGCCGGUGACGCUAAAUCAAUCAGAAGGGAAAUCUGAAUUUGCUUCUUAAUUCUGGAUUUAUAUCUCACAUAAUUAAAGUUUUUUCGAACGCCCUCGCCUACCUCUACAUAGGGUCAGUUACUGUUUAAAAGCUUUUUAUACUGUGCCGAUACGAUUCCUGAGCUUUGGUGCUGAAUACCAAAACAAUAUAUAAAGAUGAAGAUGAAGAAUGUUUUUCUACUAAUCCCUUUUAAUUUUUCAUUUCGAAGUUAAAUGUCUAAACACAAGCAGUCAUACAAAGAUUUUGCCUUAAUUAAAUGGCUAAAUUUGUAGUUAAAUUGGGAAUUAUCUAAACAAAGAAUAAACAGGAUAAUGAAUUUGACCAGACAUGAUACCAGCGUUUCAUACUUGACAGUUUUUGAUACUUGCUGCAAUGGACUGAUUUUAGUAUUGAGGUUUGAUACCCAGCCCUACCUCUUAUUGCAUUUUUAAGUAUCAAUAUGAGCAUCAGGAUAGUUGAGUACAUCAAUGGUUUGUUUAAAUAGAAGCUGUGAGAUCUCAGAUGUGGAGCCUCCCAGUACAAUCCAAUCAAGACAACUUGAACAUUGAGAUGUUUCUAGCUACAAGACCUGGUCAAGUGGCAGUCUGGGGAGUUAACAGCUUAGCAAAACAAGCGCUCAAUUCACUGGUCCUACAAAUGAAAAACAAAAAAAAAAAGCAUUUGUCUGGUUCUUCUCUCACUGGUUAUGAGCUUUGGUGAAAUUCCACUCAGUUCUAUUUCCCAUAGUAACCCACCCACUAAGGUGUCAAACACUUAAGGGGGAAAAAACUACAGGAUUCAGUAUGAUUUGGCUCUAAUUAAGCACCCCACCCACGAGCAGAUCAAGUAAACAACUCUCAUGUCGGCUUUUCUGCCCUGAUGUCAAAGAAAAUCCUUGCAUCAGCAGCGACUUUGUACAGCGCUUAAUGAGAUCAAAUCAUCUGCUGGAUGUCUUGUAGUCAUUUCCCCGCAUUUGUUGUGUUGUGUUGUUGGUGUGUAUAAGUGUACAGCUGAUUGUCAAGUCUAUUUAAAUCAUUACCUGACUGGACAAUGAUGAUGUUUGUGUACCAUAAUGUACAGACUGUGACUCCUGAAAACAGUGUUUUUGUUUUUUUAGUGUCUUGUGAAUGAUUCAAUGUGAAUGAAUGAGGAGGUGGAACAACAAAAAUAGGGUAUCUAUAUAUAUGUGUGAGUGUGUAUGUCCAUGCACAGGGUAUGGCUGCAUUUACACAGCACCAAACAUAAUCUGAUUUUUAACCCUUUGUGGCACAUAAAAACAAAAGAAGAGCGUUUUGUUUCCGUGCAGCGUCCGCCUCUCUUUUUCACUUGUGCUAUAAAGACUUAAAAUCUAGAUUUUUUUUUCAUGGUCCCUGUAAAUCCAGCACAUCAAGCAUGAGUUUUUAUGUUUUGGAUCAUUUGACCAUCGCUGAAUGUGUAUGGAAGACAAUGCGGAUGUGGAAAGUAAUUUUCACUUUGACAAAAAAAAAAGAAACUCAAGUGCCUCUAUUUGUGUCCAGUGGGAAUUGCUCUAUUUAUUUAAGAACAAAGAAUUAAUCUAAAUAAUUUUCCAUACCAUAUUGGUAUAAAUAUGAGAUUGUUUUUCGUAAAAUCAAAUGUUUCCACAAGCUUUUUACUGGCGUUUAUGACGACACCAGGGUUUGGCUUUAAGAAAAAAUGUGUGAUUUAACGUGUCAAAUUUGCAUCAGUUGCUGUUUUGUUUUUUUUAUCUUAAUGAUUUGAGCAAGUAUGGGUUUGUCUGAAAUGCCUGAAAAAUUAAAACCAUCGCAUGCAAUAAAUGAUAGCUUCAGACCAAGAACUACUUGUGUCCAUUUUGAAAAAGAAAAAAACAAAAACAAAAAAAACAGUCAAAUGUAUUUCUUGUCACAUAAUCAUUUACAGUGAGAAAAAACAGAGCUGCUUCAAAUGCACAACGCUAACAGUCCGAUGGAGGUUCAAGAACAUCAAGUCAAUGAACAGGAAGAGUUCAACUUUUUAUAGGAAAUGCGCUUAAUUUGCCUUCAUAAGAUGAGAAGAUUGAUCUCAUGUUUGUAUGAUAAAUUUGAAACUAGAGCCAGCAGUCAGUUAGCUUAGGUUAGCAUUAAGAUUGGAAAACGGGAAACAGCUACAGCUUGGUUUCGUCCAAAGGUAACAAAAUCCACCUACCGGUUUGUUUUAGGGCUGGUUAAUCCGAUUUGUUUUCAUACAAUGUGUAAAAAGUUUGACUGUGACAAUCCAGUUAUUACAACGUGCUCUAAAAGGUUAGUUAGGUGUAAGCUGCUAUAUUAGCUGUUGUGAAUCAUGACAGUCCCAUACACCAAUUUCUUUUCCCAGGGUGGUGAAGUCAUGAACCGCUCUUCUCUACCUCUGACUGACUGGCACUCAUUGCCUUCAUUGGUUUGGUUAGUUAGAUUUUUAGGCAUGAGGAGUGAGGUUGGUUAGGGUUGUCAGGGUAAGCCAAUCAGAGGCAGAGUAGGGCGAGUCACAUCUUCACCUGACACAGUUUAGAAGAAUGUUUUAACAGCAAAUGGACAUCUCUUGUUAGGAGAGGUUCACUACCUGCUGGGUACCUAACGCUAGCUGAAGCAUCAAGUCUGUAAAUCCCGAUUUAUUUAUUGAUUGAUUUUAAUAUUUAUCUCAUCGCCCAACCAACCUUCGUUUGUUUCUUGGUCGGGUGUACAGAUUAAAAUAACGAGGUAUAACGUGUUAAUUAGUGCGCAUUUGAAUUGAUUGUAAGCAGAUUUUGUUAUUUUUUGAAUAAAGCCAAGUUAGCCCUGUUUCCAUUCUUUGUGCUAAGCUAAGCUAACUGGGUGAUUUAGAGUGGACAUGAGAGUGGUAACUACCAGCUAGAAUGUGAAUAAGCAUAUUUCCAAAAAAUGUCAAAACUAUUCCUUUAAAAUGGACUCAUGGUUCUUCAUCUGAAAGCCUGAAAAUGUUUAACAGUGAACAUUUUGGAUAACCGUCCCAAACUCCACUCCCUGUGGUUCAACAAAAAUGCCUUUUUUAAAGUUGUUGUUUCUUUUCUUUUUUUUUAAAUUUUAAUUAUUUGAGGUCAUGAAGCCAAAAUGUCCCAAUGAGCCAAUGAACGUCUACAACAGCCAACAAACAAAACCCACAAACUGUUUCAGUCAGACCUCAGCCAUUACAAGUCAAUAGUUGAUCCACAGUGUUGCUCAGUCCAAUUCAAUGAUGUUCGAUGUUGUUUUGUUUUAUGGUGAAACAGUGAUGUUACUAUAUGGUUAUUGUUACUUUCACACAAUGGUCCUUAUUUUGAUUAUAUGCAGCGGUACAAUAUAUUUAUACAAUAAUAUGCUGUAAAAUGUCAAAAAACUUUGCAUUGGUGACAUCAUAGGAAGCAUCGGUUUCAUCCCGCCAUGCUACAUGUCACAUGGUGGUUAUGGUAAAUGUUGAAUUCACGCAACAGUUCAUUUGACUAUAUGCAAUGUCAAACAAUGUCCGUAUAUUCUGAAACGUUUUGGAGACAGACUGCCUCAGCAUGGCCUUUUAUUCUGCUGACAUCUUACUAAAUAUCUCAUUAGCUCCUGUUACAUUAUCACAGUUGUCAACCUGUUUAUCAAAAGCAGCAGUGACAGAAACAGCGUCGCUGCUGUGGUGAUUACAAUAGAGAGCUUAAACAGACUGAUUUAUUUUUUGACAACAGAUGGCUACAAGCUGAUAAUACAUUGAUAAUCUCUCCAGUAGUGAUGAGUGUCUCUAAUAUUUGUUUGCAUUUCAGAAAAUCACAGAUACACUUUGAUUGCUUAUGAAAUUGCCAAAACUGCCUCAUACAGUAAAUGAACUAGCAGUAUUUAUAAAGACAAUAAAGGGUUUUUUCUUCUCAAAUUCCUUGUAAUCUACCAGAAAGCUGCUUUUUCUCUCUUGUUUUUUUUCCAUUUGAUUGUCCUCAGUUGUACUGUUGGAGUCAUGCAACAGUGUAGAAACAAAUAUUUGAAAGAGAUUAGUCUCUAUUUAUCUGAUAAAUAAUCAUUUGUUGAGGUCACUGGAGGGAAAUUAAUACGCUAUCACUACUGCUAAUAACUGCUAACAUGUUGCAUCAUGUUUUCUCUUUUAUGCUUAAUUACUAAGUAGUAAUCAUCAUAAGUCCCUUUCAAGUUAUUCCUUAGAGAAAGCUACUAUUAGUAUGGGGAAAUUCUUAUCUUCAGUUGUACCAGAAUACCACACUUUGCCAAAUAAGUUCUGCAACCAAUAUACUGUGUUUAUUUAUGGUGCGGUGGAAUACACGCAGGGCAUGGAUGGAUUACUAUUCGCUUGAAAAAAAUUAUAAAAGAACAUUUAUUUGAACUUAAAAACAUUAUAUUACUGUGGCACAUUGAAUACAAAUAUCUGUAGCUGGCAUUAGAAAUCAUUUCAUAUUGCAAUAUAUUGUGAUUCUGUUGGCAAGGCAAUAUAUUGUGCAGUGGGAUCUGCAUUUGUCCCUGUAACAUCCUCAGUUUACAACUCUGCUAUCUAGCAGUUGGAAGUUUAAAUCUAAAUAUGGAUACAGUAUUUCUGAGAAUCGAUGCAAUAUUUUCUUACACCUCUAGUGCCAAGGCAUGCCACCCCUCUAGAUCCACCCCUGAACACACUGACAGGAAUAGUUGCACUUUCUUUUCUAGAGUAAAACAAGAAAAUCGAUUCACUCUUUGUGCGUAUCGAGUACGGACCUGGAACCAGGAGAUAAUUAUCCUAGCUUAGCAUAAAGAUUAGGAGCAGGGAGAAAGAGCUAUUACCCGCCUCUUUAAAGCUCACUAAUUAACACUUUGUAUCUUGUUUGUGUUAUCCACACACUUAACAAAACUACAAAGAAAUAGUUCCAGCAGCCAACUCUCCCUAAAACCACAAAUUGUUGCUUUUACAUUUCUGUUUAUGUACAGAUUAAACUAACGACAUGCAACGUGUUAAUUAGUGAGUUUAGAGGUGCUGCUGGUUAGCCGUUUCCCCCUGUUUCCAGUCUUUAUGCUAAGCUAGGUUUAUUGCUUUAUUUUCUAUCUAUCUAGCUCUAUCUUUGACAUGAAAGUGGUACCAAACUUCACAUCUAACUCUUAGAAAGAAAGCAAAUAAGCGUAUUUAGUGUUGCACAAUUUCUUUAAUAGGCUUUGUAGUUGAUAUAAAGCUCCUGUAUUAGGGUAAUGUAGCAGUAAAUAUAAAAUACUGUCCAUGCAGAAGUCAAACUUUGGAUUAUAUAAUUAAAAACAUAUCAUUAAGUUAAUCAAAGAGCUUUUUAUCCACUAACAAUAGGACAGCCGGUUCCCAAUCAGUCUGACACUAAACAGGAACAUUUAAAAAAAAAGCAGCAGUAUCAUUUUAAUCAGUAAUAUUCCCUCUGAAACUAUGUUAACCUCUGCCAAGGUUGCUUUGAUGGUUUCAGUGUCUCAUGUGCAGUUAUUUUGUAAUAUUGCAUCCCUGCUGGGACAAAUGGUGUUACAUAUGGCAGUGGUUUAAAACGGCCCCACGAUGAGAACAACCCAUAAAACAGGAAGUAAAAAAACUGUGUGGACAUUGGUCAUUCUGUUCCCUCCAGUGGAAAAACCAUCAGCUGGUCUCAGCUGUAAUGCAGAAUAGAUCCAGGUCAGUUAACUUGGAUUCAGUGCAAAAUCUUUAAAGGUGCGAAAUGUAGCGGUUUCUUAAACUAGGCACUUCCCGACCGCCAGUGGUUGUUCGGGCCGAAUUUUUCUAAAAACUGAGACACUUUUAAUCAUAAACCUCGUAGAUUCUUGUCAAGUUUUUACAGUACGACUAACCUUUCUUUAGCUUUGUGGACUGUAUUCUUGGUGAUGAUCUACUUUGGUUAUUGCAGCAGGAUCCAAAUUCAUGUGGCAUUUAUUGAUGUUAAAAAUGCUACAAGGCACCUUUAAAGUGUUAUGAUUAUAUGAUUAAAUUAGCAUAUUUACAGCCCAGUCAUUGGUGGACGGGCAGCAACACGGUGCCUCUGAUUCAACCUGACAAAUCUCUGUCUGUGGUUCUGAUGUACAUCACUUGCAACAUUGUAAAGAUUUCUACAAAAUAACAUUCGGAAACACAUCCGUCCAACAUGGAUUGCAUUGUAUUUUUAAAUGUGUUGCACAACUUCAGCUGUUUUUCUGUUUCUAUCAGUGCUAUCUUUUGGCCUUUUAUAUGGUUCUUUUUAUAAUGAAGUUGUUCUAUGUGAUGAUCAGAAGUUGUGAUGCAGUUCCAUUGUUUUUAAAUAUUUAAUGUCUCUAAAAUAUGGAUUAAAAUCUGUUUAAACCAGU